AGCGGAAGUAAACACUACAGCCUUUAGCAGCGUAACAUCUGUGGGUGUGUUUAUAAGUGCAAAGGUGUUACGACGUGAAUCGUCACCUCGCACAGACGGUGCGGACACUGACUCACUUUUACACUUUCAACGAUGUUUGGUUGAUUCCUGCAGCGCACAGUCGGGACGCUGGGACGGACAAAGACUGACGGCGAUCACGGGUGUGGACGAUGCUGCAGAGGGUGGCCGUCAUCGGUGCCGGGGCGGCGGGACUCUGUGCAGCCAGACACAUACUGUCCCGUCUGAACAGCUUUGCUCCCCCGGUGGUGUUUGAGCUCACCGACAAGGUCGGCGGCACCUGGUGUUAUGAUGAGCGUGUUGGAACAUACGACAACGGACUGCCGGUUCACAGCAGCAUGUACAGAGACCUCAAGACCAACCUGCCCAAGGAGGUGAUGAUGUUCCCUGAUUACCCCUUUGACCCCAAGCUGAACAGCUUUCUGCCCCAUCAGGAGGUUCAGAGAUACCUGGAGGGAUACUGCCAGAGCUAUAACAUCUUGCCUCACAUCAGGUUUAACACAGUGGUGGAAAGCGUGAAACCCGUGGGCAUGACAACGGAGGGCGGAGAGUCGAGGACAACGUGGAAAGUGACAUCAUCUGAUCCAUCAGGUCAUCGGAAAACAGAGACCUUUGACUCAGUCUUCGUCUGCUCAGGGCACUACUCUCACCCUCACACCCCUGACAUACCUGGGAUAGAGAACUUUAAAGGAAAGGUGCUCCACAGUCAUGUGUACAGGUAUGCUGAGCCUUUCUCAGGUCAGUCUGUGGUGGUUCUGGGAGCCAAAGCGUCAGGAUUGGACAUUUCCAUUGAACUGGCCAAAGUUGGUGCUCAGGUGACUCUGAGUCAUGGUCGUCCUCGCUUCACCUUUCCUCUCCCUCCUGGGAUUCGACAGUCCAGUCCAGCGGUGGCAGUUGACGAGGACGGCUCCAUACAUUUCCAGGACGGCUCUGUGGGCACCGCUGACGUCCUGAUGUUCUGCACUGGCUACAACUUCAAGUAUCAAUUUCUGGACGGAGCUGAGCUGGGUCUCGAGAUCCAGGAUCAAUUGGUGUCUCCUCUGUACCGCUUCAUGAUGCCCCCAGCCUUCCCCUCGCUCUUCUUCAUCGGCCUCUGCAAGAUGAUCUGCCCCUUCCCAAAUUUCAACUGUCAGGUCCAGUUUGCUUUGGCCGUUUUGGACAGCUCAGUCACUUUACCAUCUGUGGCCCAGAUGGAGGAUGAGGUCCGACGAGAGCUGAAAGAAAAGGUGGAGCAGGGAGUCCAGCAGCGCCACUUGCUGAUAAUGGAACAAAAUCAGUGGGAGUACUGCCAGACUCUGGCUCGCAUCGCCGGCUUCCCACCUCUGGCGCCAGUUGUACGCAGCUUGUAUGAGGAGGUGUGGUGGCAACGGCGAGUUCACCCAGAAAACUACAGAAGGCUCAACUACAGGCUGGUCAGUGACACGCAGUGGGAGCUGAUCGAAUGAUGACAUGAUGGAGAAAGGUGUAGAAAAUCAUAAAAACACAUCAUGAUAUUAACUUUAUAAAUAUGAUCAUUCAUACAUUUUGGUGAGACUGAUUCACCUCAGUGCUUAUCCGUGUUGAUGAACAGUCUACAUGGUUAUAUCAGUCUAAUUUUUCCAGUAUUUAUUCCCUUUCUUUUUUUGUAGUCAAAGGGUGGAAGCCUUUUUCUCUAUUAUGACUAUCAAACAUAUGGUUACAACCAGAAAAUGUGAGCAUGGUCUGCUGAGACCGAUCCACACUCACUAAAUUUAGAUUUCUCAAUGGGGUAAUGUGUCAGAUUUUUCCCUUCAACAACAGGGAGUAGAGGUAGACUUGAUUUCCGUUACUUGUCUGGAAUAGCUAUGUUAGCUUCCUUUUCCCAACACUGUCUUAUGUAAUUGGUUGAAUUUGUGUUCACUGAGGUGAGACGGAGGAGCACACCAGAUGAAAUGAUGCUUGUCUUAAAUUUUACGUGUAAAUGAUGCGCCUGCACUCUUAACAGAUUAUUUUCCAUGACGAAUCUCAGAAAGACUGAUGUUGGUCCACUACUUUGGUCCAGACUGAAAUAUGUUCGAUGGAUUGCCAUAAAUUUUCCAUCAAAUCAUAAUCCCAGGAGGAUGAAUCCAACCAGCUUUGGUGAUGAUUUUUCUUUUUUCUUGCACGACAAUGAGGUGGAAGUAUUUGGUUCAGAUUGAAAUAUCUCAACAACCGUUGAAUUGGAUUAUCAUGAAAUGUGGUUUACACAUUCAUGUUCCAAGAUGAAUUGUAUUAACUUUAUUGAUCCUAUGACUUUUAUUUAGUGCCAUCAUCAGUUCAACAUUUUACUUUGGUAUAUGACCAGAUACCUCCAAAACUAAUGACAUUCCAGCCUCAGGCAUUCCAUUUAGUGCUGAGAGGCUUGUUUGUUGUGUGCCUAAAUAUACCUGAAUACAGCCUCUGUAGAGCAGGAUAUACUGUGAUAUUUAAAAUGAACUAUUGAUUAUGUUAUUAAUACACAUACAUAGCGUUGUGUGAAUAAUACAGUGCCUUUUGUACAAUCUAAACUACCUCAGUGAUUUCAGUUGAUUUCAAUAAAAUGUCUCUGUUGUA